AUGCCCGCUCCUACGCUCUCGAUAAAAACACCCUUGGUGGAGCAAUGUGAAGAGGCCGAAGUCAUUCACAUCCAGCGCCAAGGAGAAACGUAUGCAAAACUGCAUCCAGAUAAAUCAGUCGUGGUCCGCCCCAUCCCACAAGGCGGAGUCGCUAUCCGUACUAUGUUCGCCUUUGAUGGAAAGCUCAACCGGGCCGUGGGGUGCGGCAAGGAGGGGGACAUGCAUGACACGACUUUGCGCGAUUUAGAUUUGACUUUCGCAAUCAUUGGACUUUCUCCGGAACUGCACCUGAGUCCCCUCGCGACAUCAUUGACUUUCCAAUCCUUGAUCACUCGCGGUUAUGUGGAGAAAUACGAGCUUACCACUUACUGGGGCGCACCGGAGCGUCUCAAUACCAUCGAAUCUCCAAACCGUGCUACCGGAGAGAUGGCCGUCAUGACUCGCCGAGUCACCACCCAUGAGCUGAACCACUUCAUCGAGACUUCUGCGGCCGGGUUUCAAAGUAAUGGCCGACCUCCCGAAUUGCUGAGAACACUGGCACGAAUUGCGACGCAGCGGCAAGACACCCGACUCUAUUUCGCCUUGAUGGGAGGGGAGAUUGUCGGCACCGCCGCGCUGGCAACCAUCGACACGUCUCAUGGGAGCGUGGCACAUCUGUAUUUAGACAGUACGCUCCCUCGGCAUCGGGGACGAGGAGUACAACUGGCGUUGAUCCAGGCUCGUCUCCAAGAGGCGCAACAACUGAGGCUGCCACUAGUCACAACCAUCACUCGGACUGGGGACGGAAGUGCACGUAAUGCGGGACGAGCUGGGCUGCGAGUCGCAUACACCAUUCCUGUUCUCACUCGCCCAAAGACGCUGUGA